GCAAAAUGAAUGAAGAAACAAGAGGCCUUUUUAAUCGUGUUGCUGAUCGUCUUGGUUGGUUGCAGUUCAAGGAUUUUGGAAAACUGGAAAAAGAGUUGUGAAAGAAGUCAGUCCACCAAAUACAGAUGAAAACUUGAAGAGCUGGCCAGCUAGCAAAAAAAGUACUCAAGUUCACAACACAAGCUCCAGUAGUGAUGAUGUCUUUGAAAGUUUUUAAAGGAUUUUAUCGUUGGCUCCUCAUCUGAUGAUGAUUACUUUCUGGAAAAGUUCCCAAGAGUUCUGAAGCCCAAGACUGAAAACAAAGAUAAGAAAGUUGCUAAGAACCGUGGAAAAAAUCUAAAUCUUGUGAAAGUGAAAAAGCCUUCCGAAAAUUUGUCACCUGUAUUCCUGCUGCAGAGUCUUAGUGAUGAAGAUUCUGUCAUUAUAAAAAGCACAUGGCGUGAUCGCCAUCACAAAACCUUAUCAGAGAAACAAGAAGCUAAAAAGGAAAAUUGCAUUAUACCUUUGUCUGGAAAUCAACAUUCAGUCAAAGUGAUCCAGAAGAGUGAUGAUAGCAGUAUUUCAAGAAUCUUCACAAGCAGUGCACCUGAUACAUUGACUGUAGAUAAAGGAAGGAAAGCUAACCGUGAACAGAAAGAUUUGGUAGGACAAGAUGUGUCGUCAAAACAGAGCUGCUUAUCAGUUUCAACAGAGAGCUCAGAUGAUGAUUUUGAAUCGCUUGUGGACAAAAUCAAAAAGAGAACAAAACCACAAACCCCUGGUUUAAUCACACAGAAAGGUGCUCAACCUCGUGCUCCAAAUACAGAGCCAGUCAAAAAGCAGAGACCUGCUUCCAGUGAAAUGAAGAACACAAAGAAAUCCACCAAAAAAAUAACAGCAACUCCUUGGUCCAUGCCAGUGUCCCUUGAGAGAAGGAUUUUAUCUGAGCCUAACUCAUCAGAAAAUUUUCCUGACGAACACCUCCUUGGUUACUCGGACUUUCAGUCUAGACAUAACAGGGUUAUUCUCUGUCCGACUCCUGGUUGCUUUCUGCAAGAUCUUGCUAACCCAGCAUCGGUAGAAGCCAAGAACUUCAAACAGAAGAAAGCAGAACUGACAAAAAGACUGUUUAGUCUGUAUAAUUCCAGCAUAUUUGAGCUAAAGCUUCCUGAAGAUAUGGAGAUUACUUGGAAUAAUAAGAUGCGGAAAACGGCAGGAUAUUGUGUGACAGGAGAAAAACAUAAACAUGGUGGAGACAAGCAACGCUAUGCAAGGAUUGAACUUUCAGAAAAAGUAUGCGAUUCUGCAGACAGACUGCGUGACACACUUAUUCAUGAACUUUGUCAUGCAGCCACUUGGCUGAUCCAUGGUGUCAGAGAUGGACAUGGUCAGUUUUGGAGAUUGUACGCCAGAAGGUCAUCAGCUGUCCAUCCGGAGUUACCGAUGGUUACACGCUGCCAUACUUAUGAAAUUAAUUACAAGUUUACAUACCAGUGCACAAAAUGUAAAACAACAAUUGGUCGCCAUUCCAAAUCAUUGGACAUCCAGCGUUUUGUGUGUGCUUUGUGUCAGGGUCAGCUAGUUCUCCAGUCUUCCCGGAAGAAUGGCACUCCUGCAAGGACAGAGUUAACACCAUUUGCCAAAUAUGUGAAGGACAACUAUGGAUCUGCCAAGAAAGAACUUGUAGGGACAAGCCAUGCUGAAAUUAUGAGAAAACUGAGUGCUGAUUUUGCUAAAACGCGUAUCAGUGGCUUAUGAAGUUUUCUUUGAGGCAGUGAACAGUUUUCAGUUGUCUGUCUCAUCAGGGAUUUGAGUCUUGAUUCUUUCCUCUCUAAUUGUGUAUUCUAUGCAAACGACCAGUUUGAAAAAACUCGAGGUUAAUUUUACUGUGAAGGUGGAAUGCAUAGAUGAUCCAGGUGUCAAAUGUUUUUGUUUUGUUUAUCACAGCACAUUCCUAAUUAAAGGGGCUGCUCAACCAAGAAAAAUAA